CCCGCCCUCACCGCGGAGCCGCUGGGACUUGGUCGCCAUGACGACGGGCUGUACACUACCGAGUUUCCCAAGCAGCUAGUGCAAGCCCCCUGCUUGCCUGAGGGUCAUGACCUCCCCGGAAUCGCGGGAUUACAGCUUCUCCAAAUCAAGAAAAUACCCGAGGUCUUCAGGAGUGACCAUAGAUGAUUCCUUUCCAGAAUCCAAGAGCACUCAGAAACCCAAGCUUUUACAGAAACGGAAGACACUGCCUGUGCAAUUUUCUGUGAGUGGCCAGCUGUCCCCAUGGCCCACAUAUACCAGUGGCCAGACCAUCCUGCAAAAUCGGAAGCCCUGUUCAGAUGACUGCCGGAAACGCACCAGUAGCUGGCAGCAGCAGCCCAUGGGCAUUGCCAAGCCUAGGUACCUGGAGCAGCUAGAGAACUACCUACGCAAGGAGCUCCUCCUGGUAGACAUGGGCACGGAUUCCUCGCAGGAACUGAGGCUGCAGCCUUACAGGGAGAUCUUUGAGUUCUUCAUAGAGGAUUUCAAAACAUACAAGCCACUGCUGUCCUCCAUCAAGAAUGCAUAUGAGGUGAUGCUGGACCACCAAAGGGAGAAGAUUCGGGCCCUGGAGCCCCUGAAGGCCAAGCUUAUCACUAUGAGUGAGGACUGCAACGAGAGGAUUCUGGCCAUGAGGGCUGAGGAGAAGCAUGAAAUCUCCAUGCUCAAGAAAGAAAAGAUGAAUCUGCUAAAACUAAUUGACAAAAAGAAUGAGGAGAAGAUUUCAUUGCAGAGUGAGCAGGUGUCCAAGCUGAGGAAGAACUUGGCUGAGGAGUACCUGCGCUACCUCACCGAGCGAGAUGCCCGCAAGAUCCUUCUUGCAGACCUAAAUGAGUUACGGUACCAGCGGGAAGACAUGUCACUAGCUCAGUCCCCAGGUGUCUGGGGGGAAGAUCCUGUAAAGCUAACAUUGGCUCUGAAGAUGACUCGGCAAGACCUGACCCGCACACAGAUGGAGCUCAACACCAUGAAGGCCAACUUUGGAGAUGUGGUACCCAGGAGAGACUUUGAAAUGCAGGAAAAGACCAACAAGGAUCUUCAAGAGCAGCUGGACAGCCUGAGAGCCGACUACGAAGAGGUUCGCAAGGAGCAUGAAAUAUUGCUGCAGCUGCACAUGACCACAUUGAAGGAACGGGACCAGUUCUCUUCUGAGCUGCAGGAUAUCCAGCACACAUCCACACCACGGCCUGACUGGACCAAGUGCGGAGAUGUGGUGGCUGGGGGCCCGGAUCGCUGGCAGACACUGGCCGAGGGCAAGAACAGCGACCAGCUGGUGGAUGUGCUGCUGGAGGAGAUUGGCGAGGGCCUGCUCCGGGAGAAAGACUUCUUCCCUGGCCUGGGCUAUGGGGAGGCAAUCCCCCCUUUUCUUCGGUUUGAUGGUCCUGUGCAAAAUAAAAAACCAAGCAGGAAAGAUGUGGUAAAGCUCCUCAAGGAUGCCUGGAAGGAACGUCUUGCGGAGGAACAGAAGGAGAAGUUUCCAGAUUUCUUCUUCAAUUUCCUGGAGCGUCGCUUUGGGCCGAGUGAUGCCAUAGCCUGGGCAUAUACCAUUUUUGAAAAUAUCAAGCUUUUCCGCUCCAACGACAUCAUGAGUCAGUUCUAUGCAGUCUUAAUGGGAAAGAUGACAGAGAGUGUAUAUAUCAACCAGAAGGAGUCAAUAGCCCAGCUGCUGAAGGAGAUGAUAAACGCUGACAGUCAGAACGAGGGGCUGAUAACCAUGGAGCAGUUCAGUACCAUCCUCAAGAGCACUUACCCUCUCAAGAAUGAAGAACAUAUUCAGGAGCUAAUGGAGGCAGCAGGCUGGCAUCCCAACAGCAGCAGUGCAGACUUGUUUGACUACCGCUCACUGUUUACAGAGAAUGAGGAGGGCCAGAGUGAACCUUUUGUGCAAAAGCUGUGGGAACAGUUCACAGUUGAGAAGGAUGAAUACCUACAGGAACUAAAGCAGGAGCUGGGCCUGGAACUCUAUGAGGAUGUUACUCCUUCCAAACUGCGCAGAGCCCUGAUGACCAUCGAUCCUACCCUGGACAAGCAAAAUCUGAACACCCACCUGAGCCAGGCCUUCCACAUCCCUGUGUCAGAACUGCCAGAGGACAACGAGGAUGAGAGCAUUGUAACAAGGCUCCAGACUGCAAUGGAACGGCUUCAUAUGUCUGAUGUCAAGCGUGUGGGGCCGCGAGAACCAGAGUCUGCAAGCUAAGAACACCAUGGGCAGCCUGAGUGCUCCAAUGCUGCUAACUCAAUUUUUCAUAUAAAAAUUAUUUGUCUGAACCCAUGCUA